UAACUUGCAGUGUAAAAACAGUCCUCAUCUCACUUUAUGCAUCUUUUGUGCUGUUGGAGCGUGGAGACUGAAUGGCACAUGUAGGCUGGGAGCGUGUCUUUCUUUCUUUCUUUACCCGCCGCUUUAUGUAAUCUUGCAUCAACACGAAUCAUUAUAACGAAUAGUAUAACCAAACCAGCCAGAUGCAUGAACCAAUUCAAACAAGCAAAACUCCAUAGCCACCAUGCCAUCCUCCCAGCCAAGCAGCGCGCUCAUCCCGCACAUUCAUAUGCUCUGCAUAAACGACGAUCACAGCGCCGCCCUGCACACAGCCCUCUCAUCUCACGGCCUCUCCUCCAUCGCAAUAACCUACCACAACUGCGCGCUCUCAUUCGUCGAAGCGCAGUUUGACCUCAUCGUCUCGCCCGCAAACUCCUACGGCAGGCUGGACGGCGGCUUCGACGACGCAAUCUCCCGCUCAUUCUCCCCCCGCGACGACUAUCUCGCCCUUACCAGAGCCGUCCAGGCGAGGCUGUACGACGACUGGCGCGGCUUUGCUCCUCCAGGAACCUGCACGCUGCUGCGCAUCCCCGACGAGUUCCAUCAGCGCUCGAGGAACACGUGGGGCACCAAGUAUCUGGCUCUGUGUCCGCUAAUGCGCGUUCCGCAAACCGUCGACUGGGACCGUGAGGUCGUCUACGAGUGCACGUGGAGCUUGUUAUGCGCAAUAGACAAGCACAACCGAAACGUGCGCAGGGGCGUACAGGAUGGGCAACAGGAUGAGAUUCAUAGUUUGCUCAUGGUCCCUAUGGCCACGGGUGUUGGAGCCGUGAGCCCUGAGAAGUGGGCGCGUCAGACAGUCCUUGCGCUGAAGCACUACAUUGACGCGGUGGAGCAUGAGGCGAAAUGGAGUGCGCUUGAACCGAUUGAUAUCAGCGAAUAUGCGGGUGCUGUCGAACAGACGUGGAAGUCUUAGAGAUAUGCGGGACGCUCACACGAUGCUCUCUACUGCUUGUCUUGUCGUUGGCAAGGCGAUGAUGAUCUGUCUUGCUUCACCAGAGUGAAACCGUUGGUUGACGGAUGAGCGGGAGAGUGAGAGGGAGAAUAAGGACUGCAAGUCAUUUAGUCGACUCCACUGCAGAUAGUCACUGCAUCACAUAUUGAAAGAGAUGAACCGCUCACAAUAUCUUGUAAAUAU